UCUGGCAAGAUUCAGCCAGCGGCUCUUCCACGGAGACACGUGUCGGGCUCCCAUUGGGUGCAGCCCCGUGUUGGCGCGUUCCCGGGGCCCGUCGGGCUCCCGCAACGCAAAAAGAUCUCGUACAAUCUUGUGCGGAUUAUAGUCUGAGAGACAGGAUGACGGUGACAACGAACGGAUUCGUCGAAGGUUGUUUGCCUGAGGAAUUGAAGAAAGUGCUUCGGUCGGUGGCGUCUGAAUUGGGGGAUGUGAUCGACGACAUGGACUCGAUUCAGGUGAUCCCUCUGAAGGGGGCCAUGACUAAUGAGGUGUACCAGAUCAAUUGGCCAUUGAAUGAUAAGCGCGAUCUCGUCAGAAAGGUUUUGGUCAGGAUUUAUGGCGAAGGAGUCGAGCUCUUCUUCAACCGGGACAAUGAAGUGCAGACGUUCGAGUGCAUAUCGAAGCAUGGGCAAGGGCCACGUUUGCUCGGCCGGUUCGCGGAAGGAAGGGUGGAAGAGUUCAUCCAUGCGAGGACACUCUCGGCUGCUGACCUCCGUGAUCCGGAUGUUUCUGCUCUAAUAGCAAGUAAACUGAGAGAGUUCCAAAAUCUUGAGAUGCCUGGUUCGAAGAAUGUGGUCCUUUGGGACAGAAUGAGAAAUUGGCUCAAAGAAGCAAGAACUCUGUGCACCCAUAAAGACGCGAAAGAAUUUCGUUUAGAUGCUCUGGAGGAGGAAAUUUGUGUUCUCGAGAAGGAGUUGUCACGGGAUGACCAAGCCAUUGGUUUCUGCCACAACGAUCUGCAAUAUGGAAACAUAAUGAUGGAUGAAGAGACGAGAUUGAUCACCAUUAUUGAUUACGAGUAUUCGAGUUACAACCCCAUUGCAUAUGAUAUAGCGAAUCAUUUCUGCGAGAUGACGGCAAAUUAUCACACCGAAACACCGCACAUUUUGGACUUUGGGGCAUAUCCAGGCUUAGAGGAGCGCAAGAGAUUUGUGCACAAUUACCUGAGCUCUGGAGGCGACCAACCUAACGAUGCUGAAAUAAACCAGCUGGUUGAAGAUGCAGAGAAGUACACUCUUGCAAACCAUCUCCUUUGGGGUUUGUGGGGUAUAAUUUCGGGCUAUGUGAACGACAUCGACUUCGACUACAAGGAAUACGCAAGGCAAAGAUUUAGGCAAUACUGGCUGAGAAAGCCUGCUCUCUUGGGCUCGGACUGUAUUUGCAGUGAAUAGAUAUAGGCAGAGACGAAGAAGCUCGACCGAAUAAGGCUGACACAUGAUGGUUGCUUCACCGGAGUCUUGCGUAUAGGUCGAUGUUGGAAAUGAAUAGUCAGUUUGCUACUUGUGGGAUGGAUAUAGAUUGUAUGUUAGGAAAGCCUCGAGUUUUCCUUGGGUGAUGUAAUUGGUAUGACUUCAAUAUAUAAGAGCAAUGGCUUUUGCUGGUUUGUUUGUGCUAAUGUGUCUGUGACAUCUUGUUCUCUGCCAUUCCAACUUUUUGCAAAAGAGACCUCUUGGCAA